UCUCUCUCAGCUCAUCUUCCGUCCUCCAUUCAAAGUCGUCUUCUGGCUGCUCUGCAGUGUUUUACAGUACAGCUGGUGGAUGGAUAUAUGAAAGACGUGGACGUAUCCUUUGAUCAUUCAUCCAAGAACACACUAGUUCUGAGCCCUGCAGGAUUCGCCAUUGAUCAAAGGAAUAGCAUAGCAUCAUGUCUCUGAGGAAUCUGAUGGAGGACAAACGGCUAAACCUUAACCAACCUCUUCUAUCUGUAAGACGAAACUCAUUGAUAGUAGGUAAAGAUGAUAAGAUACGAUCUCACAAUGACUCGUUUGGGAGGAAACGGAGUGUUCCUCAACCUCCUUGUUAUAAAUCGGAGCUGAAAUCUGGGCCGGUGAGCAACCCGGGAGUUGUGCCGUUCUUCUGGGAGCAGAUUCCGGGAAAACCAAAGGAUGAAGUAAAACCAGAAGCUGAUCAUGCCAGAGAAAGGCCUGUGCCAAAGCUUCCCCCGGGGAGAACCUCAGUAGCCAAUCUAUGGAACUCUGAUAAUGGCCCGGGAAGUUUCAACAGCUCGAAAGCUGUGGUGGAGGAUGAUGAUGAUGAUAAUUAUGAAUCUGCAGAUGAAGAGGACGUGUUUUUGGAUGCCCUUGAUACGCUCUCUAGAACCCAGUCAUCCGUCUUCUUGAAUUGCAGCGUGAGUGGGUUGGAUGAACCGGAGGGAAGACCAUCAACAGAUCCACAAACUCGGGACUUCAUGAUUAACCGGUUUCUACCAGCAGCAAAGGCAAUGGCUUCAGAGAUGGUUUCAGAAAUACCUCAAUAUGUUCCCAAGAAGAUGCAAACAGAGGUUCAAGAGCAACCAAGACAGCUGAACAAGGUAGUAAAGCCAGACAGGCAGCCUCAAAAGCUGUAUGCACACAGUUCUGCAAGGCAUUAUUACCAACCUCGUAAUUAUGAAGAAGAAAGUGAUGAUGAUGAUUAUAGCCAUGAAGAUAUACCUGUAAAAGCAUGCGGAUUAUUACCAAGUUUUUGUUUCAGAGGCUCGCUUGGCUUUCUGAAUCCAGUACCCGGGAUGAGUGUAAGGACUCGUGUACCUAAGCCUCCUGGAAGUAGAAUGCAGGCUAGAUCUUCAUAUGCUGGUUUAUGCAGUGGAGUUGAGACUGGUGAGUCUGAAAAGAAGCUUACUUUAAAGAGUAAUAAUAAUCAGAGACUUGAAGAAUCAUCCCUUUACAAGCUGCAGAAUAGCGAUCUUUCAGUCAACCAUAACAAACCGACUGAAACCAAUGCGAGUAUUGAUGCCUUGGGGUUGCCCAAAAAAGCCUGCAAAAGCUUUAAGGAGUUAAUGGCUGCCGAGGAUAGCUCAGUUCAGGAAGAUUCAGACAAUCGCGUGGCAGAGAAAACUGUGUAUGUAGAUACUGUACAUAAGUUAGAGUCUCCAGUUCCCAAAUCUUCUUCUCCUGAGGCUAAGGGAACAAUUGAGAUUCUUGUAACAAGAGUAAAGAAACACUUGGUAGAUCAUUUCCAAGAUGAUGCUGAAAAGCUAACCUCUGUGGAUGAAGAAGCUAAAACCAUGCCUAUUGUUCAAGAGACUUCAAACUUCAAUUCCCUAUCUGCAGCCGAUGAAUUGAAUUCCAAAUCAGGAGGGAAGCCAGGGAAUGAUGAUGGACAAGAACAAUAUUACGAGGAAACAAUCACCUCAGUUAAGGCUGCAAAUAACGAAGUUGAUGAAGGUUUGCUUAAGAAAGACAGAACUGCGAAGCCAGAAAAUCCACAUGGAGAGUUCAAAGUAUUUCCAGUACCCCCGCCAUUGCCAAAGUCUCCAUCAGAUUCAUGGCUUUUUCGCACUUUGCCUUCAUUAUCCUCAAAGAAUUCCACUUUCCAUCCCAAACAAGGAACAGGAAAUCCCAGAAACCAGGCUCCUAAGUGGGAAACAAUUGUUAAAACAACAAAGUGGCAAGGCCAACACUUGCGGAAUUCUCAGGAGCUAAUGCCAUUCAGACCUAUACCAGAAGCUCUGUAGAAGUCCUCUGAACUCGUCUUGCUCUUCCCUGUGCUUUAAUGGAUUCAUCCAACAGUGAUCAUGAAUAUACAAUCCUCAGUCUUACAGAGCUGACAGCCCGACACUGUAAAUGUUUAUUACCAUUCAAAGCCCUGUAAUAAUAUAGCAGAGUACAAAUACUUUUUUUUGUACAGAUUAUUUAGUCUGUUAUACUAGCUACACCUUGCAGAUGCA